GUCUCUCUCUCAGACACAUCUGGUAUCUAUCUCUCUCUCUCUUUCUAAAGCUGGAGUGAACUGUUGAGCCCUUUGGUUUCAUCGAGAGACCCCUAAAACCCGAUCUAGGUGAAGAAUGGCGUCUUCUUCUUCCUUCUCCCUCACCUCUCCGGCUGCUUCCGUCUAUGGAGGAGCCACUCAAACCUCCUCGCAGUUACCUCUCCCAACCACUCGCUCUCGCCUCCCUCGCAGAGUUUCCUUCCGUCUCUCCUCCGCCAAGCCUAAGCUUCGCUUUCUCUCCAAGCCUACUCGCAGUAGCUACCCUGUGGUGAAAGCCCUAUCUAACCAGGUUGGUGGAGGUGCAUCAUCAAAUGCUUCAGCUCCUGCAGGACCCUCAGCUGAAGGAAAGGAUACAAACUCAUCAAAAGACUCUUCUUCACCUGAUUUAGCUACAGAGGAGUCUAUCUCUGAGUUCCUGACCCAAGUCACAACUCUUGUCAAGCUUGUGGAUUCUAGAGACAUCGUCGAGUUGCAGCUGAAACAACUCGACUGUGAACUUCUCAUCCGGAAAAAGGAAGCCUUACCUCAGGCCCAAGCCCCUGCGCCUUAUGUUAUGAUGCAGCAACCAAACCAACCAUCUUAUGUGCAAGCAACGGCUCCUGCUGCCUCACCUCCACCUUCUUCUACUCCAGCCUCUUUGCCCGCACCAUCCUCACCCAGUCCAGCGAAAUCAUCGCUUCCAACUGUUAAAAGUCCCAUGGCAGGCACAUUCUACCGCAGUCCAGGACCUGGUGAACCACCUUUUAUCAAGGUUGGCGAUAAAGUGCAGAAGGGACAAGUUCUAUGCAUCGUCGAAGCCAUGAAGUUAAUGAAUGAAAUAGAGUCUGAUCAAACGGGAACCGUAGUGGAUAUCGUUGCAGAAGACGGCAAGCCUGUUAGCCUCGACACUCCUCUGUUUGUGGUUCAACCGUAGAAGCGGCACCAUGAGAAACGGAGAAAAAGGGCUACAAUUAAUUCGAUCUAUGUGCUUUGGUAAUACUGUUUUCUUGAGUCUUUAAGAAUGUGUCGUCCUCAUUGUUACUGUCAGACUCUGUUAGGUCUUUUUAGUUGGUGAGGAGGAAGAAAAGAGUUUUUUUUUAGUUUCUAUUUAAAGAUAGAAGUUGAGAGCUCUGUCUUAUUCAUUUCCUCUUAUACUAUACACGCAUUCUUGGUUCUGUUCUGUUAUAUUACAAUUUUCCUAUUUCAAAAGUAUCACCCGUACGUUGGCUUGUUA